UUCUGCUACUCCCGCUGUUGCGUUAACAUGCGUAAGCAAUUCGAGCGUCUUUUCGUGACGGAGAACAAUCGAGCCGCGGAGGAGGCGCAUCAGCAGAUGCUGGCGAAAAAUCCGCCGGAGAUCUCAUGGGAGAACACACUGGGCUCGCCGCACGGCGUGCCCUUCGACGACGAUACAAAGGAGCUGCUAAGGAAGUGCCUCAACGUCUCCGUGCCGCCACCAACCAGCGUAGCGGAGCUAAUCAAACGAAGUAAUGCGUUCCCUGUGAAGUUUCCAAUUAACACCGUAAGAUGCACCGCUUUGAAGGACAGAGGAAUCAGCUCGGAUACUAUCGAGUUAAAUGCAAAUUCGGUAUAUCCGCUGAUUCACGAAGCGAUGUUGCCCUUGAUUGCUCGGUGGCUGAAGCACAAGCGGUUGUAUGGUAGCGCUGUUGAGAAAGUUAUGUACGCGGAGAUGGGUCUCAUCCAAUUCAUUCACCGUCUAAUGGAUAAAAGGGCGGCAUCUUUCUGCGGUCCCAACGAUCGAUGGAAAUUGCUUGAUAACAAGAGUGGUUUCGAUGGAUGGGAAAGUGUUGGUACUGAUCACGAAAAGGAACCAUUGGUCCUAGCAAAAUGCCUGAGCUACGACGAGAUUAAACUGUCGGCAAUGAUGGUGGUGUCGUCUCAUACGGAGUUCAUAAACGACGGCUCGCGAAAUAAUAGAGGUAUCGUGAGCAGCGACCCAGACGUCGUCCAGCCUAGAGGGGUUAUUAUGGGUGUCGUAGGCACAAGAUUCCAAAGGCCCCGAUAUAUGGAAUAUCAGGACAUUGUCAUCACGCCACAGCAGAACAAUAUAGAUAAUGGGUACGGACCGGGUAUAGACGGCACAUUCGAGGAAAAACGCGGCAUGCGAGUUUUAUGGGCCAAGUUUUAUGGCGAGGAUCAUCAUCCGCUCUACGACGAAACCACAAAACGUAUGAAGUCGAAAGAGAACAGGCGAUAUAUAACGUUGGGCAAUCAGAUUAUCUUUGAUAUCGAGAAUUACAUGAAGAGAACGCUCCUCACCGUAGAAAUAAUACUGCUCGAGGCAAACAGCCGAGCCGAGAAGCAAAACACGACCGCUUUCUUGCACGUGGUUGGCUUUGGUCUCGGUGUCUGGAAAUUAAUUCAGGAUCAGGAAGUCUAUUUCCUGAAAACGUUCGAGAUUGCCCUCAGAAAAAUGAACAAGAAGCUCAAAUACGUUUCUGACAUCAUGUUCGCUUAUUUCCGACAACAGAAUUGCGGCGGUGCGGGAAAUGGCGACUAUCUUGGCGAUAUAAAGAUACAUUUUGCCCUGAGAGAACCGCACAGCAGACUGUUUCGACCCAACGACGCGAGUAAACUCCUCGUUGUAACUUACGCUUGGGAUGGAAAUACGUUACCAGGGAAUGAGUUCUGGGUGGGAAGUCUAGAAACCAGCGGCGAUCCAGCGGCCGCGUGCAGCACCCAAAUAACCGAGCUGCAUAAUUCCAAGAUCAAUCCACGCGCGUGCGGCUCGAGCUUGCACGUCGCAUCCGCGGAACAUGGAAUCCUGCACAUAGCGGAUUACGCGAAGCUCCAUCUCACUUAGGUAACCCCCCCGAUAAGCGCCUCCUUAUCGACGCUGGUCUUCCUUGCUGAACGAAGUUCGAUUUUGUGAGCGUAACCACCGUUGCCUUUGGAUUAUCAAUGCGGCAACACAUCUCCAUUUAAUUGAGAGGCCAUCUCAAUUUUUUUCUUAUCUUUGUAUUCAUUAGCAGAAAUAAUAGAAAAAUUAUCGAUGAUACAUUGCAUGUGUACUUAUCAGAAAAAUACUCGAUUAUCGAAAAAAUUGAAUUAUUCGUUGAAAAAUUAUUGUUAGGGGUUUAUUAAAUGAUUCAUUCCCUCUUUCCUCCGCUCCUUACCUCCCUCUAAGUAAUAAGAUUAUAGUAACUUAAUUUAUAUAAUUAAUUUAAUUAAUGACACUUAAUCAGCAAUUAAAGUAAUUAAAUCUCAUGUUACUCAUUAGAUUAACAAGCAAUAUUGAAUUAAUUAUCAAUAUAAUUUUCAAUACAGAUUUAUCAUAUGAAAAACUUUAUUUUCGAAACAUUAUAAAAAUUUGCUGCAAGUAUAUCUAAAAAAGAUUCAAACGUUAGAUAUAUUAUUAUACAAUUAUAAUUAUGAAAUACGGAAAAUAAUACAAGCUACAAAGCAAAGAAAUUUGGAUAAAAAAUUCGUAUUAUUAAAACAAUUAAAAAAAUUUGUUUUUAUUCUUUGCUACGUAUAAGAUAAUGAGUUCGUUGUCAUUCAAAGCCA